UUGGUCCACCGAGUACGUGAUCAAGUUUCCGAACAAGGCGAUCGAAACCUGUACAGCGGAUCCGGAUCUGCAAAGAAGACAGUAUUACAGACCUCAAUUGUUCAGACUGCCCGGGAAAGCAACCACAGCGCGGGUGGAAAACGGUGGGAAAACAACCGCCACUACCAAUGCAACGGCAAAGCAGCAGAUUCAUUUGCGGCAACGGAGCGGUUAUUGUGAAAUUUCUCGGAUCGAAUAUGUUGUGUCGGCGAACCAUCUAGUCGCGGAAGAGCGCUGUGUAUUUGUGAGGAAUGACUAAUUCGCUUAGGAUAAAUAAACUAGUGACGGUGUUCUGGAAUAGGCAGCUCUCAAGCAAUUCCCGGGGUCACAUGAUGACGACGGCCAACAUCAUUAAGUUAUCUGCUCCCUCCGAUGACCAUUACUGGGCGGGAGUUGUGGAGUUCAGCUACAAAGAAAAAGAAACCGAAGCCCCCGAUGUCAAUACCGCAAAAAAUCUCGACCGAUACAUUCAGCUUAUCAAUUCCACGGAAGCGGAUCCGGUAGAUAUCAUGGUCUUUCCGGAGUACGGAUUAAACGCAAUUGAAACAGCGUCGUUUGUUCCCGCUCCUUCUGAACGCAUCGCUCCCUGCAAUAACUAUGAGUAUGAGGCUAUUGUUCGUGAUUUGUCCUGUGUUGCCAGAAUGCGUAAAAAGUAUUUGGUUGUCAAUCUAGUAGAGAAGGCGCUUUGUCCUGAAGAUAGCGAUUGGAGGGUAUGCGCAGCCGAUGGACUGUAUCGCUUCAAUACGAACGUAGUGUUUGACCGAAACGGGUUUGUCAUCGCACGUUACCGGAAGUACAAUCUUUUCGAUGAACCCGGUAUAAAUACGACCGCUUGGGCGGAAGCGGUACGCUUUGAAACGGAUUUCGGAGUCACAUUUGGCACGUUUACCUGUUUCGAUUUAAUGUUCGAACAACCAGCUCUGAGCCUAAUCCGUGAUGGAGUAACCGAUAUAAUUUUCCCAACUAUGUGGUUUUCGGAGUUACCUUUCCUAACCGCUGCGCAGAUUCAGCAAGCAUGGGCGUACCAGAACAAUGUUAACUUUUUGGCAUCGGGUACCAGCUAUCCGGAAAUUGGAAGCACCGGAACCGGAGUGUUUGCUGGAAAACGUGGACGAAUCGUAGCCGUUAUGAACUACCAAGCAGAUGUGAAGUUGUACGUAGCUCAGGUACCGAAGAUAGACAGACCGGAAGCUACCAUAGUAAAACAACCCAUCGUGAAGUAUGACCCGUCCGCAAUGAAAACCCUAGAUUUGAAACGUGACUUUAUCGAUGUUUACGAAACCGUCAAUCUUCCUUUGGAGAGCAACAACGAUUACAAACUAACGUUGUGUCAAAAUCUACUUUGUUGUAAUUUCACUCUCAACUAUACUGUCACUUUACCGACGUCUAAUCAGCAAUUCUAUCGCUACCGGUUGGCAGUGAACGAUGGAAUGCGUACGUUUGGUGGUUUUGCGGACGGUAACAUUACUACUUGUGCCAUCUUCGCCUGCACGGGAGACAAGCUGGAGUCCUGUGCGACGCGUUUCGAUAAUCCUUCUGCUACAGUUGAGGCUAUGCAAUUUAAUUCAAUCGAUUUGCAUGGAGUCUUUCCAAGCGGCGAAGGCGUGCUCCUGUUGCCGAACAGUGUUGACAUGAGUAUUAUGCCCCUGGAAGUGGACGAGUUCGAGUACAGUGAGCGGCAGUUUGUUCAAGAUUCUGAGCCUUCCCGAUCAGAAUGAAAUAACAAGAUUAUAACAGAACACAUUUUUUGUAACAUGUUGUGUUGUAAAUUAGGUCUCGUUAGUAGUUAAAAUAACAGAAAUUUAUAACAAGUAACAAUGCGAGAUAUAGUUUUGAAAUAUUUCUGUUAUGUGCUUCUGAUCGGGUUAUGUAGAAAUUCGUCACACACUGAUUAGUCCUCGAUCGGAUCUGUUUACGUUUGCCAUUUGGGGUCGCAAAUUCGUCUAUGUCGGCAGCGCAACCAGUGUCACGGUGGUCAGUGUUAUAUUAUUAUUAUUAGCUGGUCUUUGCUCUAUUGUGUUAAAUUGAUUGCCUUGACCGUUUUAA